AUGAGCCACGAAGGUUCAGAUUCCGAAAAAUACGAAAGCGGAACUGAUCGUGAAAAUAUCAGUGAUACUGAACUUGAUUCCCCUCGUCCUGCAGAUCAAUUUGUGACUGUACGGAAACCGAGCAAAAUGCCACGGGACGGUGAUCGGCUAAGGGCUGAGUUGGACGCGAAAGUGGCCGAAAUUGAACGCUUGCAACAACGGUUAACAGUGGCCACGAGGAAUUCGGAAGAUAACCAGGAAGCCACGUGCCUUUCGGCCGAAGAGUGGAUCCAAGAGAUCGAAACUACUGCUGCUCAUUACGGAUGGGAUGGACCGACAAAAUUGCAUUGUGCUCGUUUGAACUUGGAAGGCUCCGCUAAGUUGUGGUGGUCUGGCGUUCAAAAUGAAGCCAUCACAUGGGCUCUGUUCUCGGCGAAGCUGAUCCGAGCUUACCCAUCGGCUCGCGACCAAAUCUACUAUCACACUCAAAUGACCAAGCGUCGAAAAAGGAGAGAUGAGACGAUCGAAGAGUAUGUCUACUCUCAAGUGGCUUUAGGGAAAAGAGCCGGCUUUGGUGAAGGUGUAAUAGUGAAAUACGUGAUCGCUGGAUUGGGAGAGUUCGUGUCUAAGUCCCGAGUACAGUUGGGUGGAAGAAUUGAGACGGUAGAAGAGUUGAUAUCUCAGCUGAAAUGGAUGGAAGGUAUGAACGAUACACCAUCGGAAUCGGUUGCUGCACGAGUGACCGAGAGGCAGAAGGAGAAAGUAGCGACGUGCUAUAGGUGUAGUCAGCCGGGGCAUAAAGCGAUGUCUUGUCCGGCGUUUGCGGAAAGAUGCUGCUACAAUUGUGGUGUUAGUGGUAAUAUGGCGAAAAAUUGCCCGAAUCCGAAGCCGCCGAAGGCCGGACCUUCGAGAAUGCAAGUAGUGGACGAGGAUAAUAACUUUGUGCGAGUCGUGGAAGUGGCUGGCAUGAAACUAAACGCUCUAAUCGAUUCAGGGUGUAAAGUUUCAACGAUUCAAUGUCGGUUUGCUGAAAAAGCUGGAAAUAGUGAAAUGGCAAAUACGACCUUGGUCGGUUUUGGGGGAAGAAAAGUGAAUGUGGACAAAAUCGUUAGAUCGAACGUGAAACUCGACGAAAUAGAAGUGCCGGUGAAACUAAACGUGGUCCCAAACUGGGCUCAGAACACGGCGCUGAUUCUAGGACGUGAUAUGCUGAACCAACAGGGAGUUGUGAUGGUAAACCGUAACGGAAAGGUAGAAUUUCGACGGGAUCGGGAUCGAAGUGCAGUUCGCGAGGAAUCGGAUCAGAUGGUUGUGGAAGUACAGCCGAGAAAAUACGAGACGAUGUUUACUAUUGACAGUCAAGUGAAAUACGCGGAAAUCCGGGCUGAAGAUGUGAAUGCUGACGGGCCUAAAGAAGAAGUUUUGAAUUUAGUAAAUCGAUUUCGAUCCUGCUUCGCAAAGAACAUGAAAGAGUUGGGUGUUGCAAAGGGCACGGUAAUGAAAAUAUUAUUGAGUGAUAAGGAACCAGUGUACAUCAAACCUCAUCGUAUGGAAUAUGCGCGAGAAACUGCUCUGCGUGGUAUAGUGGAAGAACUUAUUGAAGCAGGUAUUGUGAAGGAAUCGAAUUCGCCGUACAGUAGCCAAGCAGUGAAUUACAGGCUGCUGAACAAAAAAACCGUGAAAGACCGUUAUCCCAUGCCUGACAUCGAGUGGUGCCUAAAUAAACUCAGUGGGGCAGAAGUGUUUAUUACGGUAGAUCUUUAUUCCGGGUAUUACCAAAUUCCAGUGGCGGAGGACAGCCAAGAGUGUACCGCGUUUUCCACCCGUGACGGCCAUUACCACUUUCUACGAAUGCCGUUUGGGUUAGCGAAUGGCUGUUCGGUAUUCCAACGAGCGAUGAACCAGUUGACAGCAAAGCUGCGGAAGGAGGGCAUCGUUGCCUAUAUAGACGAUUUGGUGAUUGGUGGAAAAAAUGUGAACGAAGUGAUGCGAAAAUUUGAAAAGUUGCUAGAAGUGCUUAAGGAGAGUGGUUUCACCAUUAAUCUGAAGAAAUCACACUUUUUUAAAUCAUCCGUCGAUUUUCUGGGAUUUGAAGUGCCGAAGAACGGAGGGUCUGGCUGGAAUUUUGUUGAUGCAGACGGAUGA